AUGUCGGAAGGGACGGUCACCUUUGAAGCACCCUUGUCGCAGGGCUUCGGAUAUGGGAUCAUCCUAGGCCUGGGAUUUGCCUUUGCAUUGGUGAUGAUCUUCAUUACAUGGGCACUGAAACGCUAUCAGAAUGAAGUCCAAACAUCUGAAAUGUUCUCGACUGCAGGACGGUCCGUCAAAUCAGGCCUUGUCGCUGCUGCAGUCGUGAGUAGUUGGACAUGGGCUGCAACUCUUCUUCAGUCUUCUGCUGUGGCAUACCAAUAUGGAAUUUCGGGGCCAUUCUUCUAUGCUUCUGGCGCAACGGUUCAGAUCCUCCUCUUCGCAACCAUUGCCAUUGAGCUCAAGCGUCGCGCCCCGAAUGCUCACACCUUCCUCGAAGUCAUUCGUGCCCGCUACGGAACUACCGUCCACGUCGUCUUCAUCGUCUUCUGUCUCAUGACCAACAUUCUUGUCACAGCUAUGCUGCUCACCGGUGGAUCUGCUGUUAUGACAUCCCUUACAGGAGUACCCACUGCUGCUGCGUGCUUCCUGCUUCCAAUUGGUGUCGUUCUAUACACCCUGUUUGGUGGUAUCAAGGCUACCUUCAUUACGGAUUAUAUGCAUACCGUGGUGAUCUUGGUCGUGAUCUUCCUUUUCGCUUUCUCGGCAUAUGCGACAAAUGCCGAACUCGGCUCUCCGAGCAAGAUGUACGAUGCUCUUGUCGCGGCUGCCAAGGCUCAUCCCGUUGAAGGCAAUGCCGAGGGAAGCUAUCUCACCAUGCGCUCCAAGGAAGGCGGUAUCUUCUGGAUUAUCAACUUGAUUGGAAACUUCGGUACCGUCUUCCUUGAUAACGGUUACUACAACAAGGCUAUUGCUGCUAGCCCUGUGCAUGCAUUCCCCGGCUAUGUGAUUGGUGGACUUUGCUGGUUCGCCAUCCCCUGGUUGUGUGCCAGCACCAUGGGUAUCUCGGCGUUGGCUCUUGAGGGUUCUCAACGGAUGAGCAGUUCGGAUGUGUCUGCUGGUCUGGUCCUUCCUUUCGCGGCCGUCAAGCUUCUCGGCUACAGCGGUGCCGUCGCUACGACAUUGAUGAUCUUCAUGGCGGUUACAUCUGCUUUCUCGGCUCAGUUGAUUGCCGUCUCUUCUAUCUUCACUUACGACAUUUACCAGGCCUACAUUGAGCCUUCUGCCAAGGGUAAGAAGCUUGUCUGGAUCUCGCAUAUGUCUUGCGUUGUUUGGGCUAUUGUCAUGGCCAGCUUUGCUACUGGGCUGUACUAUGCUGGUAUUGGUAUGGGAUAUCUGUAUCUCCUUAUGGGUGUCAUUAUCUCGUCCGCUGUCUUCCCUGGUGCCAUGACACUGCUGUGGAAGGGCCAGAACUGGAUUGCCGCCGCUGCGUCGCCGCCUCUUGGUCUGGCAGUGUCGUUGAUUGCCUGGCUGGUGACUGCGAAGAAGGAAUAUGGAAUCUUGACCGUAGAGACGACUGGUGCAAACUACCCCAUGCUCGCAGGCAACGUCGCUGCCUUGCUUAGCCCGCUAAUUUUCGUCCCUGUCCUCACCUUCGUAUUUGGCUCUCAGAACUAUGACUACGAGUCUAUGCGUGCAAUUCGCAAGGUCGACGACACAGAAGUUGCUGCUGCUGCGCAUAUCGAUCUUGAACUCGUUCCCGGUGAAGGCCACGGUCCUUCCGCAACCGAGACCGAGGAAGAGGAACGCAAACUCAACCGUGCGGCGCUGUACUCGCGCACCCUGACUAUCUUCAUGACCUUUGCCUUGCUGAUCUUGUGGCCCAUCCCCAUGUAUGGCACGUCCUACGUCUUCAGCAAGAAGUUCUUCACCGGCUGGGUUGUUGUCGGAUUGCUCUGGCUGUUCUGCACACUCUUCGGUGUGGUUGUUUUCCCGCUCUAUGAAGGUCGCGAGAGUAUCGUCCGUGUGGUCCGCAUGAUGAGCCUUGAUCUUAUGGGUCGCAAGCCGACUAUGUAUCGGGGUCAGAAGACAGAUGGUGCGCAGGCUUCUGGUAUUGCGACACCGACGGAGAAGGUCGGAGAGAAGGAUAAGGAGGCGCUCGAUGCGUCUGCUUAA